CUGUGCUUACCAGAGCUUACAGUCCACCCUGCACUGGGGACAGAGCCCGCUGGAGACAGCCUAGGGGCCUGGAUCUGUUGACAGCCUAGAAAAAGACCAACUCGGACACAGCUGUGCAUGCUCUCAGCAGCAACGGAAGUUCAGGGACAGAAAGACAUGGCCUGGAAAUUGAUGUCACUUCUGCUGCUUCUGGCCUGGGCAGCCACCACGUGCAGUGCCCGGGACAGGAGCGAUCUUCUCAAUGUCUGUAUGGACGCCAAGCACCACAAGACAAAGCCAGGUCCUGAAGACAAGCUGCAUGACCAGUGCAGUCCCUGGAGGAAAAACGCCUGCUGCUCCGUCAACACCAGCCAGGAGCUGCAUAAGGACACCUCCCGCCUGUAUAACUUUAACUGGGACCACUGUGGCAAGAUGGAGCCAGCCUGCAAGCGCCACUUCAUCCAGGACACCUGUCUCUAUGAGUGUUCACCCAACCUGGGGCCCUGGAUCCAGCAGGUGGAUCAGAGCUGGCGAAAAGAACGUUUUCUGGAUGUGCCCUUAUGCAAAGAGGACUGUCAGCACUGGUGGGAAGACUGCCGCACUUCCUUCACCUGCAAGAGCAACUGGCACAAGGGCUGGGAAUGGACCUCAGGAGUUAACAAGUGCCCAGCCGGGACCACCUGCCGCACAUUUGAGUCCUACUUCCCCUCGCCAGCUGCCCUUUGUGAGGGCCUCUGGAGUCACUCCUACAAGGUCAGCAACUACAGCCGAGGGAGUGGCCGCUGCAUCCAGAUGUGGUUUGACCCAGCCCAGGGCAACCCCAACGAGGAGGUGGCGAAGUUCUAUGCUGAGGCCAUGAGCACUGGGGCCAUGCCCCAUGGGACUGGGGCUCUCCUGCUCAGCCUGGCCCUGACGCUGCAACUCCCUGGCUGAGUCCAGUCCUCCCAAGACCUCCUUUCUGCCUGGCCCCAGCUUGGAUGACCAGGCUGGGCUCAGCUUGUCUCCCACAGAUGACAGCCCUAAGCAUGCCCAUCCAUUACCCACUCUUCUGUUACCCAGUUUCUGCUCCAUAGCUUGCGGUUCCUCCAAGAAUCAGUUCUAAUAAACAGACUGACACAUC